AUGUCACGUCCUGAAGAUUUAGCUCCUCCAGAAUUUUUCUAUGAUGACAUAGAAUCAAAAAAAUAUACUUCAUCUACUAGAGUUCAACAUAUUCAAGCUAAGAUGACGUUACGUGCUUUAGAGUUAUUAAAUUUACCUCCAAACUCAUUUAUUCUGGAUAUUGGUUGUGGUUCCGGUCUUAGUGGGGAAAUUUUAACUGAAGAUGAUCAUGUUUGGUGUGGUUUGGAUAUAUCACCAAGCAUGUUAGCAACUGGUCUAACGAGAGAUGUAGAGGGUGAUUUAAUGUUACAUGAUAUGGGUCAAGGCAUUCCAUUUAGAGCAGGUACUUUCGAUGCUGCUAUCUCCAUCUCUGCUAUCCAAUGGUUGGGUAAUGCUGAUACGUCUUAUAAUGAUCCAAAAAAGAGAUUACUGAGGUUUUUCAAUACUUUGUUUGCCAGUUUAAAAAAAGGUGGCAAAUUCGCAGCACAAUUUUAUCCAAAGAAUGAAGAUCAGAUUGAUGAAAUUUUGAAAACCGCGAAAGUUGCAGGUUUUAGUGGUGGUUUAGUUAUCGAUGACCCAGAAUCAAAGAAAAAUAAGAAAUACUAUUUGGUAUUGACUUCAGGUUCUCCAAGAGUUACCGAUGAGAAUGUUAACUUGCAAGGUGUGACGAUGGAUGCCACUGAAUUAGAAAAAGCAAAGAUACACAGAAAUAGAAAGAAGGUCAUGGAAUCAAAUAAGACAUAUAUUAACAGGAAGAAAGAUUUGAUGAGAAGACGUGGUAGAAAAGUUGCAUUAGAUUCCAAAUUCACAGGUAGAAAGAGAAGAGCAAGAUUUUAA